AUGAUAUUUUAUAUUUUAUUUCUUGGUUUAUUUAGUUUUGUUCUUCUUGUUGAUUAUUUUCCAUUAAAUAUCUAUAAUGAAUAUCAAUCUGAGAUUCAAAUUUUACCAAUAUCGAUAACUGAAAUAAUUCUUCAUAUUUGUUUUUGGAGUUUUAUUAUUGAAGAAAUACGCCAAUUUCCGCAUUUAUUUCUUGGAUAUUCAAUAUCAUCAUGGUCAUUAAUAACUACAGAUAAUCAAAUUUCUUGGAAUUAUAAUAGUAAUAGAUCAAUAACAGGUGAUAGAAGUGGUUUAUGGACAUGGCAAUUAUUACAUGAUAUUACAAAUUUUGGUGUUUGGAAAAUUUUCGGACAAAUUCUUUUAUUUUCUUUAGAUGGUAUAAAUGCAUAUUCUAUUGUAACUUUUAUAUUGACUAUACUAUUUGUUGUUAUUUCUAGUGUACUUCUUCUUAAUGUACUUGUUGCUUUAUUUAAUAUUACAAUUGAAAAUGUUCAAAUGCAAUCUCAUCGAAUAUGGAGUUAUCAACGUUUUCUACUUGUUUAUGAAUAUAAUAAUAAACCUCCAUUACCACCACCAUUUAAUACUAUUUAUUAUUUGUAUAGUAUUAUUCGUUAUAUAAUUGAAAAAAUUCAAUAUUAUCACCAAAAAUGUCAACAUGUUGCCUGCGAAAUUUCCAAGGAUUCAAUUGAUUCAAGUGAAACAGAAGUGCGAGAAGAAUUUAAAAUUAGUAAUGCAAUGCAACAUGAAAGUGCUAUAGCUGAUGAUUAUUGGAGUUAUAUUUUAAAACAUGGAAAGAAAGAUCCAGUUGAAGCUGCAAUAGAAAAUAUUGAACGAAAACUGCAUGAUUUGCAAGAACAGAUGCAUGAUAUGAUGAAUCAUGGACUAAAUUAA